AUGACUACGCCCGAAGUAUCUCACGGCCGCGGCGGCGCCGGUAACAUCAACCCGGACGACACCAAGUACGUCGACGGCGAAAUCGUGCGCCAGGGCGCAGCCAACAUCGCCGACGCCGACAAACCGCCCUCCGCAACGCGCGCAGACCGGGACAUCGUCCCCGAGGAAGCCACGCGCCCGUCCACCGACGGCGAGAGCUUCCACGUAGGUCGCGGCGGCGCCGCGAACGUGCACCUGUCCGAGCAGGACAAGCUGAAAAAGCAAGAGAAGCACCACGGCAGCGGCGCCAACAAAGUCGUCGACACCCCAUCCACGCCCGGCACCGCGCCGCACGUGAGCCUGGCUGAUAAGCUGAAGCAUAAGAUCUUCGGGGUGUUUAAGAAAUAA